GAGAGUCCACACGCCUUGACACCAGCUGUUUCUGUUUGUAAAGGUAUCACCACCAUCAAACGACAUUUUAGGACCUCGCCCCGACUUGUUCUACUUCCUCACUUCUGCGUCUUAAAUUUCCCCCUGUUUGUUUCUCCUUUUGUGGGCAUCUGUCAAGGUUCUGAAAGCACUUAUCUAUAUUUUUCAGCCAUUUCAAAAUCCUUUUCAAAACCUAUUUGCAAAUUUAUGACUAGCUCUAACCACCGUUGCCUUUACUUUAUGGAAUGAAAGACCCCAACAUAUUAUCCUUCCAGUUGGACCUUCGAGUCGAUGACCCUCAAGACGUAAUCCGCUUGUGGAAACUUACUCUGAAAGCGCUUGUGACUCCUUCAAUAACAUCCACAAACCGCUUGAACUAUCGGUCCUGGCGCCUUCUAAACUGCCACUCCAGUCCGGUCAAUGGUUUCCUGGGCCUCUCACAGUCCCAUCUACCCCAGGAAUUGAUGGAUCAAAAGUCGUUUCACAAACCUCCGCUCUCCCUGCAAGACACCCAAAACACCUUUGUGUCCCACACCUCGAAUCUCAGCUUGGAAAACCAGGUCCAGUCGCUGAGCUCGUCCAUGAGCCACAUCGAGGAGGUGUCGGAGCUUCUGCCUCCCAACCGUGAUGCCUCCAAAAACAUUUUUUUCAUCGCCAAUUCUCCGUCUCCUCCCAAAACUCAUGACCCUCAGGUCCCCGACUUCGCCGUCGAGACGUCGGCAGACCCUUCAUCACGGCCGGGAGAGCUCGUACGCCAGGAUUCACUUUUCCAGAACCACUCCCAUUCUCAUCUCCACCACUACUCUUCAUCAGAUAUGUCGGACGAUGGGAUCGAAGAAGAAGAUGAGUACGACGAAGACCUGUCAGACAUUUCGGAUUCAGAUGAGUCUAUCCACGACGAGGUGGAGCCUAUGCCUCAAGAAGUCCAGCGUCUGCGCAAACCCAGUGUGAAUGCAAAUGCCAGUGCCGACGACGAAAGACUCAAGAGCAGUCGCAGCAGUGAUAGUGAAUGGUUGUCUGUAACGUCUGAAGACGACCCGGAACCGGCUUUGAAGCCCAUUGAUUUCAAUAAAAGAAUCCCCAGUUCCCGCCAGUUUCUGUCGGAUACCAUCACUUUGGGUAACACCACCUCUGAUCCAUCUCCUCCCAUGAGACCUCGCUCUCUCUUGUCGGGGUUGUUCUUGAACGAGUUGGCCAAGCAGCACGAAGAGUCUGUGAAAUUGAGAAGAAACCAGUCCAUGUUGAACGCAUGGCCUGAAAACGGCGGUGGUUUACACACAAAGCCCAUUCUCAAACGAUCCUCUACCACCGGGAUCAUCACUAUAGGCCAGUCAAAUAAUACCCCCGACUCGAAGAUCAAGAUCCUGAGACCGUCGAUUCUAUUCCAGAAAAGGUUCACUUCGGCCACUGAUGUUUCCAAACCCUACUCUUCACAGUUGAGAACCAAAUUGGCAACUACCCCCGAAGUAACAGAGUCUUCUGAAAGCAUCCUUAUUUCAAGGAAAGAAUCAACCCCCUUUGAAGAAGGAUUGGUAGAAGAAAAAUUGGAGGAGGAGGACUAUAAAACAUUGGCCAAACAAACAUCGAUUGUGGGUGUCAGUGAUUUCAAUGUCACUUCUGACAACUUACAACACCCAGACUCAUACUUUCAUCCGAAUAGCCUUUCACCAAACCAGCUGUCUGUACUCUCGUCCAGCUUGACCAAGUAUUCCCUUCCCCGUAAUCAAUCGUUCAAGAAUAUGCUCUCGAAAUCCUCAUUAAACUUGACUAACUUAUUCACCCAUAAAAAGUACUUUAAAAACAAUGCCAGCAAUGAGAAGUUCAAGCAAUCCACCACCGAUUCAAUCCCCUCGAUCGCAUCUGUUAAGUCUUCUUCAGAUAUCACCAACUCACAGGAACUUAAGUUGCCCCAAAAUAAAUCCCUGCAAAAUCUGCACUCUUCUCAGGAUAUCAAAUCGUCACAAGAAAUAGUACCUUUGACUCCUAAACCAAUUAAUUCUUUUAAUAUCGAGCCAGAGGUUGAGGUACCCCAGGAGACUCCAGAAAGGAAUUCGGGAGAGUUCAAAAUCAAAAUGUCUCCCGGAACCACUAGAAAAACCAUGCUAGACACUGAAUUAAGCAAGUCCCUAAAGGACUCGAUUUCUAUUGACCACCAUUUAGGAAAGGUCCCAUUGCCACAAAGAACUGUGAUAACUGCCGAUGGAGGUUUUGGUGACAUUCAUGAUGACUUCUCACCCGAUGACUAUCAUUCCAAGGGCUGGUAAUUUCCAUUAAUGAUUCAUGUAUAAUACUGUAUAUUUUAAAUAAAAAAGUAGGUGUUUUUGUAUUCGAUAUUUUUCGCAGUCAAGUUAAAAAAAAUUAUUCUCAUCACUCAUGAAAACAGACUACUAUGAGUUGUUGGACGUAGCCAUAGAUGCUUCGGAUACCGAGUUAAAGAAGGCAUAUAGAAGAAAGGCUCUACAACUUCAUCCUGACAAAAAUCCUGAUGAUAUUGAGGGUGCUACUGCCCGAUUUGCCUUAGUACGUGCUGCCUACGAGGUGUUAUCUGAUCCACAGGAAAGAUCAUGGUAUGACUCUCAUAAAGGCCUGAUC